CCUUCUUUGAGUUCACAAGUCAUGCGCAGUCAACUGCCGGCCAUGUUGUCAACAAAAUGUUAAAGUACGUUGCAAUGUAAAAUUAAAGGAACAUUUACUCGAAUUUAUUUCUUUUAUAAUCAUAAGUAUCAAAAAUGGAUCUGUCUUAUCGUAUAUAGAGUCUAAACUUCAGAUCUAUUACUAUCGUUUAGCCUUGAAAUGGCAUCUUUGAGCUCAGGGUCAUCCAGAGAAAAUAAGGCAGGAUUUUGGAAAAAGAGCUCAAGUGUACCCGGAAGUAUUAAGCCAGUCUAUGGAGCACAGCAUCCUCCACCUCAAUCAAAUGUCAAUUUGCCAGGUUGGCCUCAGAAAAAAGAAGAUAAGGGCAAGAACAACAAAAGAGAUGCAUUCCAUGAAUUUGAAAACAAAACUUCUGACGCCUGGGAUGAUGGGGAUGAUGAUCUCAUCCAUAUGGCCAACCUGAAGCUGUCUCUCAAAGAUGUGCAGACAUCAGCCAAGCUUGUGCUAGACAAUCAUAGUAAAAAAGCUUUACAGAAACAACAAGAUAAUCAGCCUAAUCUCAAAAGUUCCUCACCACCUCAGUCAUACCAGCCUCAACACUCUCAUCAUUAUCAUCAAGGUGGGCCUGGUCUGGGGGUCAGGCUUAACAGUGGAGGCUAUCAGCCACCAAAGAUGACUUCUAUCAGAUAUGUAAGAAACACAGUCCCAGAUAGGGAGGCAGCACGCAAUGAGAAGUUUCAAGCCCUUUUUUCUGUGUCAUCUUUAGAUCUCAAUGAACUCCGUACACUUUGUUGGUCAGGGAUUCCUAAGGCUGUCCGCCCGACAGCUUGGAAGAUUUUGUCUGGAUAUCUACCCACUGCAGCAGAUAGACGUCAGGAGACAUUAGAGAGAAAGCGCAAGGAGUAUUUUGGUUACAUUGAUCAAUACUAUGAAACCAGAUACCAAGAUCUCCAUGAGGAAACAUUUAGACAGAUUCACAUCGACAUCCCUCGCAUGAACCCACUAAUCCCAAUCUUUCAGCAGCUAAUAGUGCAGGAAAUAUUUGAAAGAAUAUUGUACAUAUGGGCAAUACGUCACCCAGCUAGUGGCUAUGUACAGGGCAUCAAUGACCUGGUCACUCCAUUCUUUGUUGUCUUUCUUUCAGAAUAUAUUGAAAAUGACAUUGAGGUAGAAAACUGUGAUCUAACUGAGCUGUCACAAGAAACACGUAACUUGAUUGAGGCAGAUAGUUUCUGGUGCAUGUCUAAAUUGUUGGAUGGGAUCCAGGACAACUACACUUUUGCACAACCAGGCAUCCAGAUGAAAGUUAAUGCACUAAGAGAACUUAUUAAAAGAAUUGAUGCUCCCUUGUUCAACCACCUUGAUCGACAUGGAGUUGAGUUCCUACAGUUCUCCUUCAGAUGGAUGAACAACCUGCUGAUGCGUGAAAUACCUUUAAGGUGUACAAUACGACUCUGGGACACCUAUCAGUCAGAAAUCAAUGGUUUUGCUGACUUUCAUCUCUAUGUUUGUGCUGCCUUCUUGAAGCGUUUUUCAGAAGAUGCUCUUAGAGAGCAAGAUUUUCAGGGAAUAUUGAUGCUACUCCAAAAUUUACCCACUCUUCAUUGGAAAGACAAAGAAAUGAGUGAACUUCUAGCCGAAGCUUACAAACUCAAAUAUAUGUUUGCUGAUGCACCGAGGCACCUGCUACUCAAAUCUUGACCUUAGUUUUGUUGUUUUUAGUAGAGGCUGUAAAUUUGUGAAGUUGUUGGAUUACAAAAUUUUAUAGCAUGGAUUUAAAUGGAAUACUUAAUCUCUGUAUGCAACAUUAAAUUUGUUCUGUAAAUACUUUCAGUACACUUUUUUUAUGAUUGCUUUUAUGUCCUAUUUUAAAAUCUGGUUUAUUUUAGUUGGGCAGUAGUUGAAUUUUAUAACUUGUGUUUACCUAAGCUUCUUUGAAAAAAAACUGUCAGUGUGUACAUUCAAAAGCUGUGCAAUAAACUCAUCCGAUUUUAUUGUGUAUUGUCCCAAAACUUGAAUUUACAUAUUUAUUUGUUAAAUUGCUUAUUCUUAUUGUUUAAAUUACAUCUACUUGGUAAAAUAAUUUUUUUACAGGUGUAGGUUUUUUGUUUACUAUUUGAUUGAUUAUAAAAACUAUCACUUC